AUGAGUCGACAGUGUAGUUCCAGGUCCGUGUGCCGGAGUGGCAGGGGCUUCAGCUCCGGCUCUGCAGGCCUAGUCAGCUUCCAGCGCAGGUCCACUAGUGGCUCUGUGCGCCGCAGUGGAGGAGGCGGUGGUGGGAGAUUUUCAGGAGGCUUCUGUCGAAGUGGGGGUGCUGGUGGUGGCUUUGGAAGUCAGAGUCUUGUUAACCUUGGAGGUGGCAGGAGCAUCUCCAUGAGUGUGGCUAGAGGUGGACGUAGUAGUUUUGGUGGUGGCAGCUUUGGUGGCGGCAGCGGUGGUUUUGGUGGUGGCAGCUUUGGUGGUGGUGGUGGUGGCUUUGGUGGUGGUUUUGGCAGUGGCGGUUUGGGCGGUGGUGGUUUUGGUGGUGGUGGUUUUGGCAGUGGAGGUGGUUUUGGUGGUGGAGGAUAUGGGGGUGGUUUUGGGCCUGUCUGCCCCCCUGGUGGCAUCCAGGAAGUCACCAUCAACCAGAGCCUUCUGCAACCCCUCAAUGUGGAGAUAGACCCUGAGAUUCAAAAAGUAAAGUCUCAUGAAAGGGAGCAGAUCAAGUCACUCAACAACCAAUUUGCCUCCUUCAUUGACAAGGUGCGCUUCCUGGAGCAGCAGAACCAGGUGCUGCAAACCAAAUGGGAGCUGCUGCAGCAGGUGGACACCUCUACUCGGACCUACAGUUUGGAGCCCCUUUUUGAGUCAUAUAUCAGCAGCCUCAGAUCACAUGUGGACCAACUGAAGAGUGACCAAACACGGAUGGAUUCAGAACUGAAGAACAUGCAAGACAUGGUAGAAGAUUAUCGGAACAAGUAUGAGGAUGAGAUCAACAAGAGGACAAAUGCAGAGAAUGAAUUUGUGACCAUCAAGAAGGAUGUGGAUUCUGCUUAUAUGAACAAGGUAGACCUUCAAGCCAAGGUGGACAAUUUGCAGAAGGACAUUGACUUCUUCACAGCACUCUAUCAGGCGGAAUUGUCUCAGAUGCAGACUCAUAUCAGUGAAACCAAUGUCAUCCUGUCCAUGGAUAACAACCGCAGUCUGGACUUGGACGGCAUCAUCGCAGAGGUCAAGGCCCAGUAUGAUAGCAUUGCCCAGAGGAGCAAGGAUGAAGCUGAGACCUUUUACCAGAGCAAGUAUGAAGAGUUGCAGAUCACUGCUGGCAGACACGGUGACAGUGUGAAAAGCUCAAAGAUGGAGAUUUCUGAGCUGAACAGGAUGAUCCAGAGACUUCGAUCUGAAAUUGACAGUGUCAAGAAGCAGAUUGCUCAGUUGCAGCAAAACAUAAGCGAUGCUGAGCAGCGUGGUGAGAAUGCCCUCAAAGACGCCCAGAACAAGCUAAAUGAGCUGGAGGAUGCCAUGACACAGGCCAAGGAGGACCUGGCCCGGUUGCUGCGUGACUACCAGGAGCUGAUGAACACCAAGCUGGCCCUGGACAUGGAGAUUGCCACUUACAGGACUCUCCUGGAAGGAGAGGAGAGCAGGAUGUCCGGAGAGUGCACGGCCAACGUGAGCGUGUCGGUGAGCACCAGCCACACCAGCAUGAGCGGAGGCAGUAGCCGAAGUGGCGGCGGCUACGGCUCCGGAGGCGGCGGCUACGGCUCCGGAGGCGGCGGCAGCUACAGCGGAGGCGGCAGCUACGGCUCCGGAGGCGGCGGCGGCGGCGGCGGCUAUGGCAAAGCCGGCGGCAGCAGCGGGGGCCACAGAGGUGGCUCUGGAGUGGGCGGUGGCAGCUCUGGCGGCCGUGGUUCUGGCGGUGGCAGCUCGGGAGGCAGCUACAGUUCCUCCGGAGCCCAGGGAUCCAGCUCUGGGGGCGUUAAGUCCUCUGGGGGCAGUUCUAGUGUGAAGUUUAUUUCCACCAGUUAUUCCCGAGGGACCAGAUAAGCGGUGCUCCCCAUCCCAUUAGCUCUCCCUUUCCAUCACGACCUAAUAUGGCUGGCAAGACCAUUGUCAACUGCCCCAGCCCUAUUGGAGAACAGAGCUAUGGUUAAUCGCGCCAGUCCAGACUACCCCGCCCCCACCUCGCUUUCUUUUCUGCUCAGCUUCAAAGAAGUUUUCAGAUUAGUGGCAAUCUGAGUUCCCUGGUGAGGACCCCUGGUUUGUUUUUGUUUUUGUUUUUUAAUUUGGCCUGAGAAACGAUUCAGCAAUUACCACCACCCACGUGACAUUUCAAAGAGCUUUGUAAUUCAGCCAGAGGACGUCAGACCCAGGCCUGCUUUGCCCAGAGCGACCAGUGCUUUGGCCCUUCAGCAACCUGUCUUCUGCAGCAAGCUCUGUGCUGCUUCGGUUUUGUACAUAAGGUGUAUGCAAGUUGUUUGUCUUUUGUGGAGAGCUUUCAAACUCCCCAUUGCCUUGUUUUUCCGCAAUAAAGUGCAUUUGAAAUUC